AUGGAGCAAAUCUACCAGAAAAAUCGUCAAGGAACAUCAUUUUCAAAGCCUGGGUGGAACAACAUUCACUCUGCAUUCAAUGCAAAAACAGGAAAAUCAUAUGAGAAGAAGCAAUUGAAAAAUAGGCUCGAUAGCUUGAUUAAGGAUUGGAGGACAUGGGUUGAUUUAACCAAAGAGACUGGUGAGAAUUCCCAGUAUGAAAAGUUUAGGUACCAGGAGUUAAAGUUUGCUCAUGAAUUAAACACGAUAUUCAAGGGUGUGAUAGCAUCUGGAGAGGAUAUGUUAGCACCAUCUUUAACCCAACCUCAGACAUAA